GCCACAACAGGCAGCAUGGUGCAGUGGACUCACCACUGUGAGUUUAACGAAAUAUUGUAGUUACUUAUGAACUGCCGUAGGGUAAGGUCGUUCCAUUCGUCGUGUUUCAAGUGUUCUUGUUGUGUUGCAGUUUGCCCUGUUUAUUUGUUCCUGUGUGUUUAACGAUUACAAAUGUUUUCGUUCACAUCGUCGUUGGUGGUAUUCCUUUUCUAGUCAGGAUGAAUCGGGUUUUAAGUUAACUUGAUUUAAACUGACUAAGUUAAAUUUGAAAAUAACGGAUGCCGGAUAACGUGUCUGUCAGUGUGGAUCAGCCGAACAGAAAUCAGCAUUCCAUCAUGGCCACAUUUGAUAACCCUUCGUACUUCACCAUAUCUGGUCAGUCGCCGGUCGCCACAGCCACAUCACCUACCGAUGUCGUCGAGUCGAUUGUAGCCAAACCAAAACGAUUCAAGAGUUGGUUCAAACUGCCCAAGAGACCUUUUCGAUCUAAGAUAGCGUUAAAUCAAGCCGAAAAUGCCGAAAGAAUGCCAGAAAAUUCCCCGCUCCCCUGUGCUUCUCCUGAACCCGAAACUCAGAACAAUCCCAAUGAUUUUGCUCACAGUGACGUCGUUUAUUAUAAUUUUUGCCCGACGGCACAAGAAACUGUGGCUUCUGCAGAUGUUAACAACGAUGACGACGUCUUUAGUGACACAUCCACCAUCAAAGGGAACGGAUCGACACGUACACUCAGUCGACGAAGACAUUCUUUGGGUUCAUGGUUUCGUUCAUCGUUAGCCGCCGUUCGCAAACACAACAUGGGUUCGUCAACUGCUUCUGGAUUGGAAUCUCACGGAACUGCUAUCGAACCAGCCGAAAGACCGUCUACUUCGUCAGAACGGGCGCUGUUGGCCCGAAACGUCUCUACAUCCGCCAACUGUGUUUCUUCAGCGUCUGCUCGAGAUGUUCGCACGCCCGAGAGGGGACGGUCAACCGAAACAAAGCCGGGCAAACGAAGUCGAUUACCCGUGGCGGUCAAAAGUCACGUCGAACUUCGAGCACGUGCCCGUUAUGCCCGUCAGGAGAAACUGGUGCGUGACAACAAAGCCGUUUCCACGUCCAGAAUCCCGCGUGCCGUCCAGUCUCCUCAUCACCGACACCAAACGGCUAGUCUCGAUCGCCGUUAUACAAAGAGCACUGAAGUUUUGGCUUCUAAACCCGACGACGUGACUUCACCAACGGCUCAGAAGCCGAUGGCUCCGACGGCGACGGCUACCGAGCAGUUGGAGGCGGAAGACUCGUUCCAGCAAAGAGAAGAUUCUUGUUCUACAAGGAGAAAGAGCAUUUCUUCGACGACAAGUCGUCAAAGAUUUGUCCAGCGAAGUCGGACAAUCGAGGAUCGCCAUCGUUCAAGUUGUUGCGGGAGAAUGGCCGCCGCUGCGGCGUCGACAUCGUCAUCCCGUAGUGAACGACGUCGCGCAUCCUUCGACGCCGCCAGUCCUUCGUCUCACGCCCGGCGCCGAUGUCAACGAUGUCGCGACAAAGCCGAACCAAUCACAGCCGAAAAAGUUGAUGUCGUCAUCAUCUUCAGCAAGAAUUGCGUCGUGGCCUUCCAGUGGGUCUCAUACUUAACUGGAAUUCUCAGUAAAAUUUUCAGCUGCAGCGAUCGAUCAGCUACACGGGUAACUACGCGCGAUGUGGAAAGCCUAGUGGAUAGCAGAUCCAUUUCGCCAAGAGAGCGGCGCCCCCGGCCAGUCAAUCCGAAUUCAGCUAAAUGGCAGAAUAACGAAUAUCAAAACGUGAUGGCAGAAGAACAUUCGGAUGCAGAAAGAAAUGCUCGUCAACACGCCCUACGUAGAACGGUGACCAACGCUUCCUUACAGAUAGUUCUGUUAUCAAAGGCACUGCUCAAUCAUGUCGAAUUACACGCCAACGAUCCAUUGGGCACCAUUUUGCGCUAUGAACGGGUUCUCGGGCUAUUUCUCGGGGUCGAUGAAAACAAAGAUAUAAUGCCACUACAUCGAACAGCUCUGUGUUCGUUUGAUUUCUGGCCAAAAAUCACCAUGAUGGAUCAAGAUAUGAAAUCUGUUACCGAGUUUGGAAAGAGGGCGCAAGAAAUUCUCGGCCGUUCUCAGCCAGUUGACCUCGUAGAACGGGCCCGUUUCAAAAUCACACCCAAAAAACUGCGACCGGGUGAAGAACGGGUAACGUUAAUUCUGCUGGAAACCACAGAAAAUAUACAUAUUCUGUCCUCCAUUUAUGUGGGCAUUGAUUCGAAAAAAUCGAUCCGCAUCGACCAAUCUUCGUGGAUCAAUCCAUAUGUGGUUAAGUUCAACAUGCCUAGAACGUUUCUCGAGCGCGGAAUCAUAGUCAAAGUCGAGUUAAAAGUCGGAAAUGUUUCAUGGGGUGUUCGUGACCUGAAGUGCCAAAGCAAAUUGGGUGAAAUAGCGGUAUUGCUUUCCAAACACCAGCUGAUGGAAUCUCCCACUGACAUUAUGUGUCAGGCCUUAAACAUCAGCCCAGUUGAUAAUGAAGAGCUGGACAGAGUAUUGUCUAAUAGCCUAGACAAAGCCAAGGUGGUUACUACGCCUUUUGCUCUAAACCAACCGGAUGACGAACACAGAGAAGAAGAAUAUCCCACUCUGCUCCACUUCGCGGCACGUUACGGUCUGAAAAAUUUGACGUGGGAAUUGCUGGAGUGUCUUGGUUCCAUACAGGCUUUAUAUGUCCGUAAUCGUGACGGUUGCACUGCUCUUCAAUUGGCGGAAAUGAACGGUCACGAAGCCAUCGUCAAUUGCUUGAACAGCUUCCUCGAAGCAGUGGAAGCGGAUAAAGCAGAUUCCGAUAAGAAAGACAGCAGAUCGGACUAUGUGCCAAUGGAUCAUUCCAGGAAAAUCGACGAAAGUGAAAUCGGUGACUACGAUUGUUUGCCCAAACCAAAACCUGUCCGCCCUUCUGUUCCUGAUCACGCAGAAGAAGAUUCUUUAGAACACGAAAAUGAUCUCGAGAACGAAUAUGUAGUCGUUUUGUCGAAUGCCUCAAUGCACAGAAUCCAUGAAGGGCCAGAGAUAGAACGAAGUGCUGUUGAGGAACGUGUAAAUUUAGCGACGUCUGGAACAGUGUCAAGUUUGAAGCAAAUUAAGAUGAAAGAGGAACAACGACAAAUACUGCCUCUAGAAGACAGUAGUGCCAGCGAUACGCUACAAGCCGAAGAAGCGUCUUGCAGUGCCGUGAAAUCAACUACUUGCCAGCCGCCUGCAUUCGCCGCAGAACUUACUGCCGCAGUUGCGGCAUCUCGUGCAUCAAGUCCAUUGUCCAAUUGGUCAUCGUCAGAUCGUUCGAGUGUAACAAGCCAAGUGAGUCGCGAUAGCGGCACUCACUUUGAAUCUUCCGAAGAAAAAAAAGUGCCGCCUAACAUGCAUUGUGACUAUGACGUACUUCCAUCAACAAAGUUACUAAUGCCACACCUUGUAAUGCCAAACUACGUUGUUCCGCCUCCGCCGAGGCCAGUGAACGGGAAAAACUUGGAAAAUAGAGAAAAUGAGCUUGAUGUUCCUAGUCAUACCCCACUGAAGAGGUGUUCGUCUCCCAUACCGCCACCACGUCCUCCUAUGGAGUUUCGAAAUCCAUUUGAAACUAUUGAACUUAACCCACGAACCAAUCAGGCCGUGUUAGGAGAAGAUCUUGGUUUAAUAAUACCGAACGAAGAACCCGAGUUCAUGGAACAACCUCCUAUAUUGUUACCUACGCAUUUAAAAAAUAAAGGCGCUAGUCAGGCUAAUGAAGAAGAAUCCGUUUACAUGGAGAUGACCCCAAGAUCUGCCAGAAAGUGCAUAUUAGAUGACAUUAACGCUGACGGUUCUUUUCUUAGCAGUACUGUUACAGAGGAAGACAACUACAUCACACCAGCGGAAUUGAACAUGCCUGCAAGUUAUUUGGCUAGUACUGCCCCUCGCAGCAGAGGACAUGGUAUUGUGCAGCAAGUAACGUUUCAAGCAACAAAAAGUAUUUCACACUCUGACAAUCAGCUUCUGGCAAGCAAUCACACCACAUUAUCAGAUUGGUACUCGGACCCGUUUUUGGCUCUACCGUUACCUACGCCAAUAUCUGCACUGCAGCGUCGUGACGCAAAAAGGAUUCCCCAAGUUCCACCUCGAUCAACGAAACCGACUCCUAGUCCGCGUUGCAGUCCAAAAUCCAACAGACGCCAGAUCUAAACAAUGUACAUUUAUGUUGAAAAGCUGAUCCGUUUUCCGUUUAACGAGAAUCUUCAUGGGGACAACUAACUGUUUUUUCUCCUCAAUUUCCGUUCGUCAUGUUUGAUUGAUUUUCUUUUGGUUGCCACGUUUUAGUUAUCCAACAGCGUGCACCGAAAUUGUUAUGUAUCUAGUCUUAUGUAUCGCAGUGGAUGCAGCAAAAUUUUUAAAGUUGGCUAUUUAAAAAAUGGUAGUUUAUCUCAUUUUCAUAAUCCGUCUGAUUUGGAUUAUGGCGCAAUAGUUGGGAAGAAGUCAACUAAUGUUGCUGCGUAUCGUUUCGUGAGAAACUUACGCAAACUCUCAUUGUUUGUCUAUAUUUAUCAAAGUUCAGUUUCUUCAGUAUGAUGGCUGUCAUUUGCUCUAUUCAAUACAUCGAAGAGUACGUAUCGUACCAUUCUUUUCGAGAGAGGCAAA